CACUAACCAAUCUCAUACGUCAAUUCAAAGCCGAUAAUAAACUUUAACAACAAAAACAACCCACGAUGUCGUUGAGUCCUCCGAGAGAGAGAAACAACGUGAAUGGCAGAAGGCGAGAGAGGCCAACGUUCCAGAUGUACUGGUGCUUCCAGUGCAACCGCAUGGUCCGCGUCGCAGUGGAUAACAAUAACCCCUCAGAGGUCACGUGUCCGCGCUGCUUCGGCCAAUUCAUAUGCGAAGUAAACGUGCCGCGCCCAAGACUCGUUGUCGAUUUCACUACCCCAGACCCCUCCCCAGAAGCGCGUUUGCUCGAAGCGCUUUCCCUCAUGAUGGACCCACCCAUACGCCGUUUCCCGGGUCUCCUCCAACCCGAACCCGAAGAGGUCCCGGUUCAUCACCACCGCCGCCGUCGCUUACGCCGCCACCAACCCGAACCCGAAUCCGAACCCGUCCCUGAACCCCCACAACCCCGCCCGCGCACGUGGAUCGUAUUCCAGCCCAUGGACUCACCCAACCCCUUCCUGUCCAUUAACAACAUUCCUAACCGCCCCGGCCCAGGCCCACUUCCAUUCCCGCUCCCGCGCGCCGUGGACACUCGCGACUAUUUCUUUGGACCUGGACUCAACGAACUCAUCGAACAGAUAACCGAAAACGACAGACAGGGUCCCGCGCCGGCGCCGGAGAGGGCCAUCGAAUCGAUUCCGACAGUGAAAAUUGUGAGCGCGCAUCUGAAGGAGAAUUCUCAGUGUCCAGUUUGUCAGGAGGAAUUCGAAGUUGGCGGGGAAGCGAGGGAACUUGCGUGCAAACACAUAUAUCACUCGGAUUGCAUUGUUCCGUGGCUGAGGCUUCACAAUUCUUGUCCAGUGUGCCGUCAAGAGGUUCCUGUGCCGUCUUCUUCGUCGGAGGAGGAUGAGUGUGUUGAUGUAAGCGGAGAUGAAGGUAGGUUGCGGAGGUGCUUGAGGUGGACCCGUCGUUUUACUUCGGUUUGGCCUUUCAACUCAAGGUAUCGACGGGUUCACCCUCAAGGAAAUAAUAAUGUUGCUGCUGCUUCUUCCAGGGGAUAUUUUGCAUCUGACAGUCCGACACUCUCUGGCGCAGUUAGGAGGCAACCCUCUUGCUGCAUUCUUUAAGCUCUCCAAUUAUUUACAUCCAAGGCUGAUGAACUGGUUAGGUUGCAGCUUGUCUAAAAGGGCACUACUCAACAUGUCAUGAUCCCCAGGGUAACAUGGGCUUACGAUUCAAAAAUAAAGUGAAAUGGCCCUCCUCAAGUUCCACUCAAAUUGAAAAAUGGAUUCAUCACCACAUACUACGACAUUCGAGAUCCGUAUGAUAUUGCCACUGUAAAUAUUAUCUGUUAUUGGCAAAGACAAUUAUCACAA